GUUGGCUGCGGGCAGCUCGCGGGCACCUGCCGGCCCGGCCCGCCGCCUGCAGCGCCGGGUGUCCUCGCCGCGCAAGUUGCGGGUCCCGCAGGGCCUGGGCUGCGGGCCCGCUGGCCCCGGGGAUGGCGUCGGAGCCGCGCUAACUCCGUUUUUCCGUGGACCAAGAUGACUGAUGGAAACCUUUCCACCACUACAAAUGGCGUAGCCUUGGUGGGCAUUCUGGAUGGUCGACCAGGAAACCACGUUCAGAACCUGCAACCCCUGAAUCUCAAGGCACCCAGAUCCCUCUCGUUGCCUGAGUACGGGCCCAAGCUGAAACUUGGUGCUUUAGAAGAUCGGCACAGCCUUCAGUCGGUGGACUCAGGCAUCCCUACCCUAGAGAUCGGCAACCCGGAACCUGUCCCCUGCAGCGUGGUCCACGUGAAGAGGAAACAGUCCGAGUCGGAGAUCAUCCCUGAGCGAGCCUGCCAGAGCGCGUGCCCACUGCCUUCCUACGCGCCACCAGCUCCCACCAGUGCUGAGCGGGAACAGAGUGUGCGGAAGUCCUCCACGUUUCCCAGGACAGGCUAUGACUCAGUGAAGCUCUACAGCCCCACCUCCAAAACCCUGAACCGCAGUGACAAUGUCUCAGUCUGCAGCGUGUCCAGUCUCGGCACAGAGCUGUCAACCACGCUGUCCGUCAGCAAUGAGGACAUCUUGGACCUCGUGGUCACGAGCAGCUCCAGUGCCAUCGUGACCCUGGAGAAUGACGAUGACCCACAGUUUACUGAUGUCACCUUGAGCUCCAUCAAGGAAACCCGUGACCUACGCCAGCAGGACUGUGUUGAUGAAACUGAGGAGGGGAGGAAAUUGAAAAUAUUGGGACCAUUUAGUAACUUCUUUACAAGGAAUUUGCUUGCUAGAAAACAAAAUGCAAGACUUGACAAACAAAAUGACUUGGGAUGGAAGUUAUUUGGAAAAGUACCACUGCGAGAGAAUGCUCAGAAAGAGUCAAAGAAAAUACAAAAGGAAUAUGAAGACAAGGCUGGACGACCUAGCAGGCCACCCUCUCCAAAGCAGAAUGUGAGGAAGCAUCUUGACUUUGAGCCUCUUUCCACCACCGCACUCAUCCUGGAAGACAGACCAGCAAAUCUCCCGGCGAAGCCAGCUGAAGAAGCUCAGAAACACAGGCAACAGUAUGAAGAAAUGGUGGUUCAGGCCAAAAAACGAGAGCUGAAAGAAGCCCAGAGGAGAAAAAAGCAGCUGGAAGAAAGAUGCAGAUUAGAAGAAAGUAUUGGAAAUGCUGUCCUCACUUGGAAUAAUGAGAUUUUGCCUAACUGGGAAACAAUGUGGUGCUCUAGGAAAGUUCGAGACUUAUGGUGGCAGGGAAUCCCUCCCAGCGUGAGAGGCAAGGUCUGGAGCUUAGCCAUUGGCAACGAGUUAAACAUCACCCACGAGCUCUUUGACAUCUGUCUUGCCCGAGCCAAGGAACGGUGGCGGUGCUUUAGCACGGGAGGCUCUGAAGUGGAGAACGAAGGUAUACAUGGCGCUAACCCCAAUGCUGGUUUUUCAGCAGCAGACAGAGAAGCCAGUCUGGAGCUAAUUAAACUGGACAUUUCCAGAACAUUCCCUAAUCUCUGCAUUUUCCAGCAAGGUGGCCCGUACCACGACAUGUUGCACAGCAUUUUGGGCGCUUACACUUGUUACCGACCGGAUGUGGGUUAUGUUCAGGGCAUGUCCUUUAUAGCGGCCGUGUUGAUCUUGAACUUAGAUACUGCAGAUGCCUUCAUUGCUUUUUCUAAUCUUUUGAAUAAACCCUGUCAAAUGGCGUUUUUCCGAGUGGACCACGGCCUCAUGUUGACUUAUUUUGCUGCAUUUGAGGUAUUCUUUGAAGAAAAUUUGCCGAAAUUAUUUGCUCAUUUCAAGAAAAACAACUUAACUCCAGACAUCUACCUAAUCGAUUGGAUCUUUACUUUAUACAGCAAAUCUUUGCCCCUGGAUCUGGCCUGUCGUGUGUGGGAUGUGUUCUGUCGUGACGGGGAGCAGUUUCUGUUCCGCACGGCCCUGGGCCUCCUGAAGCUGUUCGAGGACAUCCUGACCCACAUGGACUUCAUUCACAUAGCUCAGUUCCUAACGCGGCUGCCCGAGGACUUGCCGGCAGAGGAGCUUUUUGCUUCCAUAGCUGCAGUUCAGAUGCAAAGUCGAAACAAGAAGUGGGCUCAGGUACUGACCGCCUUGCAGAAGGACAGCCGGGAAAUGGAGAAAGGAAGCCCAUCUCUCAGACACUGAGGCGGCAGGUGGACUUGCGCUCGGCACUGAAGCAGUUCUCCAAGUGGCACCUGUGUUGUUACAGGCGGACACACUGGCAGCUCUGAAGAACUGGGGCUGUUUUCACGUUUGAUUCCUAAUGCUGGAGUUGGCCUUAAACAAAAACAAAACAAACAAAAAAAGUUUUAAAAGAAUUAAACCAAGGCUAAGCCUUAAGAAGCUCGGUGGAAUGAUGGCCAUGGCCAACCACUGCAUAUUCUGCAUGGUUUAAAAAUAGGGCAGUGGCUAAUCCCCUCCCCUCUUUGCAGCAAAAGUUAAUUAAAUUGUAAUGCUUUUAUGUCAA